CGGGCCCGGUCUCGUGACGCGCGCCGUGCGCGGACGCCAAGAUGGCGGACGAGGAGGGCGAAGCGCGGCCGGGGGCGCGGAACGGGGCCGGGGAGGGACCCCCGGGCGGGCCCCGCGUCGUUCGCAUCGUCAAGUCCGAGUCGGGUUACGGCUUUAAUGUCCGCGGGCAAGUGAGCGAAGGCGGGCAGCUGCGCAGCAUCAACGGCGAGCUGUACGCGCCGCUGCAGCACGUCAGCGCCGUGCUGGGCGGAGGGGCCGCCGACCGCGCCGGGGUGCGCAAGGGGGACCGCAUCCUGGAGGUGAACGGGGUGAACGUGGAGGGAGCCACGCACAAGCAGGUGGUGGAUCUGAUCCGCGCCGGCGAGAAGGAGCUGGUGCUCACGGUGCUGUCGGUGCCGCCGCACGAGGCCGAGAGCCUGGAGCCGCCCGAGGAGCCGCUGGGGCCGCCCUUCUACGACUACAGCGAGAAGCAGGCGGUGCCCAUCUCCAUCCCCACCUACAAACACGUGGAGCAGAGCGGGGAGAAGUUCGUGGUGUACAACGUUUACAUGGCCGGGAGGCAGCUGUGCUCCAAGCGCUACCGGGAAUUCGCCAUCCUGCACCAGAACCUGAAGCGCGAAUUCGCCAACUUCACCUUCCCGCGCCUGCCCGGCAAGUGGCCGUUCUCGCUGUCCGAGCAGCAGCUGGACGCCCGCAGGAGGGGCCUGGAGGAGUACCUGGAGAAGGUGUGCUCCAUCCGGGUCAUCGGCGAGAGCGACAUCAUGCAGGAAUUCCUGUCGGAGUCGGACGAGAAUUACAACGGCGUCUCCGACGUGGAGCUGCGGGUGGCGCUCCCGGACGUCACCACGGUGACAGUGAGGGUGAAGAAGAACAGCACCACGGACCAGGUGUACCAGGCGGUGGCUGCCAAGGUGGGCAUGGACAGCGUCACCGCCAACUACUUCGCCCUCUUCGAGGUCAUCAACCACUCCUUCGUGCGGAAGUUGGCUCCCAACGAGUUCCCCCACAAGCUCUACGUGCAGAAUUACACGUCGGCCGUGCCGGGGACGUGCCUGACGCUGCGCAAGUGGCUCUUCACCACCGAGGAGGAGGCGCUGCUCAACGACAACGACCUGGCCGUCGCCUACUUCUUCCACCAGGCCGUUGAUGAUGUCAAGAAAGGCUACAUCAAAGCCGAGGAGAAAUCCUACCAGCUGCAGAAGCUCUGCGAGCAGAGGAAGAUGGUCAUGUACCUGAACAUGCUGCGGACGUGCGAGGGCUACAACGAGAUCACCUUCCCUCACUGCUCGUGCGACUCGCGGCGCAAGGGCCACGUCAUCUCGGCCAUCAGCAUCCGCCACUUCAAACUGCACGCCUGCACCGAGGAGGGCCAGCUCGAGAACCAGGUGAUCGCCUUCGAGUGGGAGGAGAUGCAGCGCUGGGACACGGACGAGGAGGGCAUGGCCUUCUGCUUCGAGUACGCGCGCGCCGAGAAGAAACCGCGCUGGGUCAAGAUCUUCACCCCCUACUUCAAUUACAUGCACGAGUGCUUCGAGCGAGUGUUCUGCGAGCUCAAGUGGAGGAAGGAGAACCUUUUCCAGCUGGUCAGGUCACAGCAAAGGGACGCGGCCACUUAACCCCGGGAGCUUUUCCAGAACCCCCCAAAAAUUCCCUUUAUUGUAUUAAAUCCCCCCCAAACUAAAUCUCAUUAAUUCCAAAUCCAUUCGUGCCCGUCAUCUUUAUGGAAUUCCAGAGGAAAAAAAAAAAACACAAAAAAAUUGGGAAAAGCCACCUGAGGGGGCUCCGUUUUCCCACUCAGAUCCAGCUCCAGGCUGGGAAUUUUGGGAUUUUUCUUCUUUUUUUUUUUUUGAAACUGGAAUUAAGAAUUUGUUGUUUCUGCUGGGUCAGACGUGGAAAAAUAAGGGGGGAAAAAAAAAAGCAGGAAAAAGCCCUGGAAUGUUCUAUUUCUGCCUGAAUAAUUCCUUUAGGAUAAUUCCUUUAAAAUCCCACAGGGUGGCAGCAGCUCUUAUUUAAAGGGAUUUUCUGCCCAUUUCUCCUCCCAAUCCAGUUUUUAAUCACUACAAAUUAAAAAAAAAACCCAGGAAAAACAUCCAAAAGGAAUAAAAUUCCAAGGAAAUUCCAAUCCUGGCACAAGGAUCCCGCUCAUGGAUUUGUUUUCCUGCUUUUUGGGGUGUUUUCCCAAGGAUUUGGGGGUGCCUGGUUUUUUUUGGGAUGGGAUCUGGAACAUUCCAGGAUCCUGAGGCUGCCCCUGGAUGGGGAUCAGCAGCUCCCAAAAGGAAAAAUAACCUGGAAAAAAACCAAUUUUCCUUAUUUUUGAUGGGAUUUUUUCCCUGCAUCCAAUAGCAGCUCCCAGGAGGGAAAAAUAACCUCAAAAAGCCAUUUUUGUCCCUAUUUUUGAGCACUUUUUAUCCAUGACUCGGGUAUCCAAGCAGGAAAAAUAACUUGGAAAAAAAAACCAUUUUCACUCAUUUUGAGCUGGAUUUUUCCAUAGUUCUGGAGGAAAAGGUGGAAAAACUCGUUUUCCCUGGUUUUGAACAGGAUUUUUUCCACAGAUCCACUGGGCUGGGAUGUUCCAGGAGGGAAAAAUGAGCUGGAAAAUCAAUUUUUUUCCUUUUUUUCCAUGUCUUGGGUGGACGAGGGGAAAAACCCUCUGGAAAAGAUAAUUUCCCAAAUUUUGAGUGGGUUUUUCCCAUGGUUUGAGAUUGAAAAUAAGGUGGAAAAAAGCCGUUUUUCCUUGGAUUUGAGCAGCUUUUAUCCACAGGAGGCCCAGCAGGAAAAAUCACUUGGAAAAGCCAUUUUUUCCUGGAUUUUGAGUGCAAUUUUUCCAUGUUUUGGGAGGAAAAAUAAGGCGGAAAAUUCAUUUUUCCUUGAUUUUGAGUGGGAUUUUUCCGUGGAUCCGGCAGCUGAGGAAUUCCUAGAAGGAAAAAUUAUGGAAAAGCUGUUUUUCCUUAGUUUUGAGUGAGAUUUUUCCAUGUUUUGGGAGGGAAAAAAAUCACCUGGAGAAGCUGAUUUUGCCUGGUUUUGGGCUGGCCUGGAGCUGGUCCCACCAAGGUUUGGGGUGGAUUUGGGAAUAUUUUGGAACCAAACCCAGCCAGAAUUGCUCCAAAUUGGGAUUUUUUUUCCCCAAAAUUCCCUUUUUUGGGAUUGGUUUUUCCCCACUCCUCCCCCUGGAUGGGGAUGGGGGAAAAUAAUUUUUUUUUUUGUUUUUUUUGAGGGGGGGAAAAUCCCAAAUCCUCGGCUCCGGAGCAGCCGAGAGCCGGGAAUUAAUUCCAUUAAUUGGAUCCCUGUAAUUAAUUGGAUUUCCGUUGUCCUCGGGAGCCCCGAGCUGUGGAAAACCCAGGAAUGGGGGAGGGAAACUGGGAGAGGUUUGGGAUCCCCAAAAUCCUCCCUAAAAUCUCCUUCAACACCCCCAAUUCGGGUAAAAAUCCCAGGAAAAGUUUAAUUUUGAUCCCAAUUAUCCCUUUUAAUGGAUCACGGAGAACUCAACCAUCUUCCUGUGGAUUUUUUUUUAAUCCAAAAGCAAAAAAAACCCAAAAAAGGGAGAAAUCAGUCUAAAAAAUAUAAAAUCAAACCCCUGCCCCUUUCUUAUCCCAUUUUCCCUCUUCCAGCUGCUCCCAUUCCUCGGGUUCCCAGUCGGGAAAAGCCCCUUUAGUGUAAUUAAUUGUAACAUAUUCUUUUAAAUAAAUUGAUUUAUUGAGGAAA